GUUUCUGCUUGAUUUUGAAAACAUCUCCUGUUCGCCAAUCACAGGUAAUCCCUGUGUUUCUGUGGAGCAUUUACAGGCGGCACUUACAGGCGGCAGGUGCGGGCUCUCCCCAUUUUGGAAAUGGGGACCUCUCUGGAUUCACAAUUAAAGGCUACCUAAUGCAUUCCACUACAGGUGACGAAACCCAGCUCCCAGAAUAACAAGCAAGACAACUUUUAAAGUGACUCUUGACCGGUGUCUUCUGUGUGCUCGCGGAGCGUACGGUGGAUUUUUUUUUUUAAGGAUGGUAUAAAUUCUUGGGAAUUAUUCUCGGGGAAGACUGACUUCUUCCUGAAGGCGACACAGUUACCAUAGAAUCGGUAUCAACAAAGUGGCCGUGUCCAUUCCUCCUGGCUGUGUGACAACCAAGACAACCCAAAGCUGUCCUCCUGACCGAGGACGGGGGAAAAAUGCUGAAACUCGUGGCCACAGAUGUCUUCAAUUCCAAAAACCUGGCCGUGCAGGCACAAAAGAAGAUCUUGGGGAAGAUGGUGUCCAAAUCCAUCGCCACCACCCUCAUCGAUGACACAAGCAGCGAGGUGCUGGAUGAGCUCUACCGAGUGACCAAGGAGUACACCCAGAACAAGAAGGAGGCAGAGAAGAUCAUUAAGAACCUCAUCAAGACAGUCAUCAAGCUGGCCAUCCUUUACAGAAAUAACCAGUUCAACCAAGACGAGUUGGCGCUGAUGGAGAAAUUCAAGAAGAAAGUUCACCAGCUGGCCAUGACCGUGGUCAGCUUCCACCAGGUGGAGUACACCUUUGACCGGAACGUGUUAUCCCGCCUGCUGAACGAGUGCAGAGAGAUGCUUCACCAGAUCAUCCAGCGUCAUCUCACGGCCAAGUCGCACGGACGGGUUAAUAACGUCUUUGACCAUUUCUCAGAUUGUGAUUUCUUAGCGGCCUUAUAUAACCCCUUUGGGAAUUUUAAGCCCCACUUACAAAAACUCUGCGAUGGUGUCAACAAAAUGCUGGACGAGGAGAACAUCUGAUCGUGUGCAUUAAGACUGGGACCGCUCGUGAUUUCUUUGAAAACGGAGCACUGCUGAUUUAUGAAGGAAAAACGAAUUUUUUUAAAGAUGACCCAUGUUUCUGAAAGACUGGUGCCCAGCUCAGGCGUCCGACAUUGUCAGUAAUGUUUUAUGCAGCUUGUUUUAUUUGAAGAAAAGCAGAUUGCCAAAAACUCUGGUGAAACGCUCCCUCCCUAACAGUUCGCAGAUCGUGGGAAAGGUGUCUCUGGUCGUGUGAUGCAAAUAGAGAGUUGUACAAAGAAAAAUGGAUGGCUCCAGACUGCAAGAGGUGGUUUUUUUUUUAGGUCAGUUGUUGUGUCUUUAGCACGUUGGGUAUUUCUCACCUGUAGAGAGCUGUGUACUUUCACUCACUAUUAUUCCUCGCUGUGUAUUCCUACCUUGGUUAAAAAGCCGAAAACCCUCUCUUUCUCUCCUUGCUCCUUCUGAGAUGAUUUCAUUUUCAAGUCCCUUUUAUUCAAUGCUCCUUUGUUAAAGAUUUUGUCACUGACAGCUAAGAAUUGGGUCUACAUCAAGAAUUAAGACGUUCAAGAAUUGAAGGCGGUCAUAUCGAACACUCAGAAGAACAGGAAACUGCUUCUCAGAAGUCAGUAUUGUAGGACCCAGCUCUAUUUGACGUCGUGACUAAUGUCUAAUAGACAAAUAUACUUCGGGACUGGAGUCCUGUUUUUUAGUACCAACGGUAAUACUUUGAAAAUGUGGUAAUUCUUGAAAAUGCUGGUGGCCUCUCCACUUUUAGUAUAUGUUUCAGCUGUAAGAGACACAAGGAAAAAUCUAGAUGGUUCUUGUAAAAAUGAGCAAUACUAAGUACAAUAAUCUUUAUUUUAGAGAUGAGCUCAUCCAAAUAAUGUAGGGGGGCUUAAAGGGCCAAAAAGGAAGAAAACAUAUUGCUGUGGGCCAUGAGAAUGAAAAUAAAUGCAUUUCAACAUUGAAUAAGGUUUGAUAGGUAAAUAAAGAAUGUCACUUUUUUAUUUAACUGAUAAGGUUUUUGCUAUUUUGUUAUUUGCUAUCUUGAUGAGUAAACCAAAGAAUAUUUGUAUUCUAA